GCCUAGCCAUCAUCGUUAGGUCUACAACCACGUCCUUCCUUUCCUUUCCUUUGUUCAUUGCCCUGAGCGCUCCCGUAAUCCGCUCAGCAUGUUCUCCCCGGACGCCUCGCGCGUGCAAUCCCUCCGGCCCAAAAGAACGCGACCGUCAUCUGGACCAGAAGACUCAAUUAAACUUCCCCAAGCGAAGAGAAAACGAUCGGCUCUGCGACGAGAUACAUUCGAACCACUGGCUGAAGCUAGUCUAAAUGAAAUUGCCGGACGUGAGGCAGGCGACGAGAAACCCAAUGGACACACUCCAGCCCCUGCGCACCAGAAGGAAUUGACCCUACGCGGUGCAAAGAAGCCAGAAAAGCGUUCAGAUCGAUCAGCGGGAGCAGUAAAUCCCACGUUAACGCUGUCCAGCAAUGACUUCUACACUGUAUCCCAACUCCCUUCGCUCCCGGAGCAGAUCAGAAACAGGCCUACGAUCCCCUUUUCCUGCGUCAUUUCCCAAGAGUAUGGAUACGCCCUUGCUCUCACCCACAGCGACGCCAUAAUCUGGCCAUACAAUUCAAGCGCAUCUACCCCGUCAUCUCGAGAUGUCAUCACUUUCAAACUGCCUUUCCCUCCCGCCUCGGUCGACGAUCCUUUACCGCUCGCAGCCUUUACUGCCAGAUCUGCAAACGGAGAGCCAGGAAUUGUCGCAGUCUCCGCCAAACUGGGAAAAGUAGUAUAUUGGGAGACAAUUUCUAAUGCCUCGACGUUCAUCCCAGGCCAAAAUGCGAACGUACAGGGUUCAAUACCUGGGAUGCUGAGCGGCGAGGCCGUGGAAGAGCUUGUCAAUGCUGAGCCAUCCGGCUUUGUCCUAUCUUUGCGACACGGUCGUGUGGUACAUUUGACAAUACGAGACCAAAUGGGCCGCCCCGGCAUCGGCGUACAAUUCUUGCGAAAAUACAACAAUGGUUCCGGAGGGAUAUUUGGCAGCAUUCGGAAUGCCUUUGGCGUCGAUCGGAGAAAGGGCACACCCAUCAUUAAGGCAGGAGGCUCGAGGAAAGGUCAACGUGAUGUGGUUGUGGCUACCGAGGAUGCGGAAAUCGAAUUCUGGAAUACCAAUCUGAGUGUCGGAAACUCUCUCGAAACAUCAUUCAGCUUCAAAGAGGAAAUUGGAAGCGCACUGAAAGUAAUUCUCGGGGAUACGCCGUCUCUACAAUUCAAGGUGCUUGACGUUGAACUGUCCACAGGACUCACUACGGCUUUGACUCGCAGAGGCAGUCACGGUGCUCCUAUGAUGGUCUUGAUUUCAGUCUCGCAAGACGCGAGAACGACUUAUUACCUGGUUGAAAUGGUGGUAGACGAGGGAGCUAAAGUGAGGGUUGUACACCCGAUCACAUGCUACUCUACCAAAUCCUCAGACCCACAAUCAUGGCGACCGCGCCUAUGUGUUGCAAGAACACAACCUGUGGCUUUCGUCCUCUUCGAAACGGCUAUUGUUAUCUUUUCUCUGGCUAAGAUCCGAGAAUCGCCGUCGUCACAGCUGAUGGCGGAACGACAGUCGUUACCAGAACCAUUUCAAGAUUGUGUACGUUUCCAAGAUGGAACCAUUCACAAAAUCCUUGGCUAUGUGUUAGAAGCAAGCGAAAAGCAACCAGCGAUUGUGUUUGGUGUUCAGGGUUUCGGCAUUGCCAAGAUGGUGUCACAUCUUCGUGAAAGUGAUGAAGUGCAUGUGGAAGAAGCCGUCGACCGAAUAAGUGCGAAGAGCAAGAUCGAACAAGCAGUCUUCUUUGGAAGUAUCAAACAGAAUCCUUUGGAUUUAAAAAACAUCACCCAGACUUUCCCCGACAAGGAGGUUGCAGCAGCAGCAUUGAGCAUCAGCUCGGAAAUUCUGUCAUCGAGUUCGAAGCAUGUCCCCAAAAGUGCACCUUCUAUCGAAAUGCAUCUGCGAAUGAGAGCCAAGGCACUUGCUGAUCUGGCUCAACAUUUGCUGGACCAUUACCCCUCUGCUAUUCCUCGGAAUGUUCGUUUCCAACUCCUUCUAAACGCCGAGAAACUGGCUGCCGCCCAAGCUGUCUGGAAAGUACAAGAGGAAAUUCAGCGAAAAUACCCCCAGGAGGAUCGAGAGAUGCCCUAUCUUGAUUUCACCCUUCGCGCACUCCACGAGUCCAGACAAAAAUACCCUGAUCCGGAGAAAGGCGAGAAGGAUCGAAUACGACAUUGGCUUGUCAACAGUGUCAAUAACAUCGGCCAUCUUAUGUCCGAGUUGACUAGUUGCAUCCCAGAACUGGAGCCGAUGCAAGUGACUGAUCCCAGAAUUGUUGCUGACUAUCUCAAAGAAGCUGUCGACUUGUGGAUUGCGUCAUAUACUGCAGCUUUCAAAUUUCGGGAGGACAAUGCCCCAGAGUACGGUCUAGGAGACGAGGUGUUCCAAGAUGGAGUACUUGUGGCAGGAUUCCCUGUGGACAUUCCUCACCCGUGGACAUCAGCUCCGGAGCCGUUUCGAUUUGGCCAACAACUGAUUUACGACAUCUGCAAGUUCUUGACUGAGUGGUGGGAUCAUUCACUGGGCAAGAGCAAGAAGAAGAAAAUGCCGACUGAUCUGGAUGGCAAACCGUAUGAAGCACCCAGCAAAAUGGCGCUUAAAGACCUUGCUGCUCGCUUACCGACCGAGGUGGAGCUCUUUUCUCGUAUAGCGAAGGAAGAGUCCAUACAAGCCGAACGCCACCUCAAAGAGCUGGAGAAGGACCCGGAAAUCCUGAAAGAUGAACUCAAAAACCUCAAAGAUGAGAAGCGUGACCGGUUGAACAAGGCGCUCGUAAACAUCUCUCAUUUCAAUAUGCCAGGAGCGAUUCAACUGGCUGAAAAACUUGAGAACUGCCCGAUGCUUGUUGCACUGCAUUACUCGUAUUACGGCAGUUUGACAGAGGAAGCUGAAGCUAAUCCCAUGAUCAAGGAUGUCAACACAAGAGUUAUCGCCGACAUGCAGGCUCAAGCUGAGACGUACUUUGAGCGUUUUGGUAAAGCGUGGGCCUGGGCCAGCUUUAGUCAAAUGAUCGAAGAUGAUGAAUGCGGCAAUCUUUUGGUUAAGGGCCAAGAAGAUGACAAAAAGCGGCAGUUUCUCUCUUGGUUCUUCAAAAAGGCAGAAAAGUUCGGACAAAGUGUGGGCAAGCUCAGCUGGAUCCACGAUGUCAUCGGCAGCGAUGGCUAUGCGCGAGCUGAGAAAACGCUGCGGAAUGUCGCUGCUGAAGAGACAGCUGAUGUCUGGAACAAAAAGACCGAGUUGUCGCUAGCUAAAUUAGCAGGACUGGCAGCCGACGAAGGUGCUGAUCGACGUCCUCGUCAGACUGUGAGGUAUGAUCGCGAUUUAUCGGCCAUUGACAUUCAAGAACGAGCCUACCAGCAUAUCUUGGCUGCCGUUGGAGCCGCAGUGGAUGAAAAAGCGACUUUGGAUCUGGCAGUAGAGACUUUCGCUUCCAGGCUGGUCAAAGAUACGCCGGCUCUCAAGAGACAACUGAAGCAGAUCUUGAAGUCGCUGGUUCAUCAAGUACCGUUGUCGAUUGAGGAGCUGGUCGACCUUUUGACGUUGAUGGAUUCGGUGGAAUGGGUUGGCAUGGCGGAAGACAAUCCCGAAAUUGUUGGCCAAGAAUGUGCCAUCGCUCUCAGGAUUGUCGACUUUUCAGACUUGCCGAGUCACAAGCAGGAUGACCUUCGGGCUUUGAUAUGGAGAAGAGUCAUGAUCAGAGACAACUGGUUGAUGAUCAAUGAUACUAGCGGCAAGGAUGAUGAAUGGGUACAGAACGAGAUGCAACAGACUUGUUUGUUCCGCACGAUCGAACGGGUUCUAUUGCUAGAACAAUUUGAAGGGGCUAGUAUCCAUAUGUUUUCGCCCAAGGAGAUUUUGGAGAGGGAGGUAUUUCCUAGCAGUUUACAGGAACGAUACCCUCAGAGUGAAUUGGAGGGAGUUCGCAAGGAUAUGGACAAGGAGCAAACCAAGCUCAAAAAGUUUACAGAAAAGGGAAGAUUGGAAGAUCAUUAUGGUGGAUUAGUCACUUCUGCCCGUCGAAGUGUGAGGGAGAUUGUUGACCAAGAAGGUGAAAUGAUGGCUGAGGAAGUUGUCACUGAGAAUGGGACUAAAUAGUACAAUGCCUGGUCCGUAGGUACUAAUAUCAACGUACGACAAAUGUAUAUUGUGC